AUGGAGCCUCUUGCUACUGGCAAACGACGACGAGCAUCAGUGUCAUUGUCGCCACCUCCUUCGCCGCGCCAGCCCAAGCGUGAUGACGAGAGCAGUGUCGUAAGCUGGAAAAGGCGGCGGGUAGACAAAACGUUUACUAAAGUGACUGAUGUCAAGCAGCCGGAAUUACGCAGGCCAGAGCCAGAUGAAACAGAGACAACACUGAAAGGCAAGCGACGGCGUAUCGUCCCGUUGGAAGAGAAGGAGGAGAUACAGGAUGAAACAAGUAAUAGCUGCAGCAGUAAUGAUGAAAAGCACAGGAGCAAGCGAAGUCGCAUAGGGGAUAAUAUCACGACGUCGUCGCCUCCACCUGUUCUACCGGUUUCGCCGCUAGCUAAUUUAAAUGAGAGACAUUCAGAGCCUUUACAGCGGGAUAACAGAUCUACUUCUUCAGAGGAAAAACAGGAGGAGGAGACAAGAUUUCCACCAUCACCUAUAAUAAUACCUUUGCCACGAAGAGAAGAGGAUGCAGAUGGCGACCUAGAAGAAAAUAGGGAGAACGUUGCUAGGUACACGAACCUAGAAGACAUAAGCGUUAAUUCUCAGGGCAAUGACGCUGAUCUCGUCGCAGCGUGUGCUAAUCUUGACAACGAAGUAGUGAGCUGUAGCCAGGAUUCACAGGGAAGCGAAGUUGAGCGAAUCCGGCAAACAACUUCACUUCGAACAGUACAAGUCACACCUCCUCCUUCAGCGCGAAUGCUUGACAGAAAGAACCCUCCGCCACCUCCUAAGCGACCAAAGAGGCGGCAUAAUUAUGGCAUUAUGUACGCAAGAGCGUACCCUCGCCUUGCACUGUCACCUCUUGUCGACAACUCACCGCCUAGCUCUCCACGUGUCUUUCGGUCGUUAGAAAACGAAUUUGCUUUUGCCAUGCAAGACACCCCCGAGAUCCGUCCUCGUGUCCGUCCAGCGCCAAGGAUGGCAAGAGGAACGCGACGAUCGACGCGAGCAGGCAUUGGAGCCCGACGGUCUCUGGACACGCCCACCUCAACGAUGGUAUUGAGGUCACGACAGCUUAAUCCGAGCCUUAGUGCCGAUGGUGGAAAGCCUGAAAAUCAACGCGAGCGGGAGCAACGUAACGCUCAACGUCGACAGGAGUAA